GGUGAUAGAGAGAGCGACAGUUUCGAAAGUCGCCGAGUUUUUAUAGUUGUCACUUAGCCAUGAUGCCUUUACGAACGAUUGUUAACAAAGUGAAAAUAUCAAAAGCACAGAAAUUUAUUUAUGCUAGAGUUUUCGAUGGGAUGCCAAAAGAGGAUAAUUUUGAACUCGUCGAGGAAGAUAUUCCACCUUUAAAGGAUGGAGAAUAUUUAGCUCAGGCCCAAUUUUUAAGUAUCGAUCCCUACAUGAGAGCUUACACCUACAAAUUACCAAUAGGUUCAACAAUGAUGGGUUCACAAGUUGCUAAGAUUAUAGAUUCCAAAAAUCCAAAUUUUCCAGUUGGAAAACACGUAGUUGGUGAAUUCGGCUGGAGGACUUUAACCGUUGCCGAUAGUAAACCGGGGGCGUUAAUGCGAAGACCACCUUAUUUAGUACCAGAAUCAGAAGGAAUGCCUUUGUCGUUAUUUUUAGGAAUUUUAGGGAUGACAGGAAAUAGCGCAUAUUUUGGUUUUAUGGAAAUUUGUAAACCAAUAGCUGGGGAUACGGUUGUAAUAAGUGGAGCAGCUGGAGGUGUUGGAAGUCAUGUUGGACAAAUUGCAAAAAUAAAAGGUUGUAAAGUAAUCGGUUUAACGGGUUCAGAUGAGAAAGCUCAGUGGCUUCGAAGUAUAGGAUUUAACGAGGUCAUUAAUUACAAAACGGAAAAUUUAAUGACAAGUUUAAGAGAAUUAGCCCCGGAAAGAAUAGAUUCGUAUUUUGAUAACGUUGGUGGUGAAAUAAGUAGUUUGGUAAUUCAAAAUAUGAAAAAAUACGGAAGAGUUUCCGUUUGUGGUUGUAUAUCGUCUUAUAAUUUACCUUACGGAAGUUUACCCAAAGCGACUAUUAUUCAGCCCUCGAUAAUAAUGAAUGAAUUGAAAGUGAAAGGAUUUUUGGUGAGUUCUUGGAAAAAUCGUUGGAUGGAGGGAAUUAAUAAGAAUCUAGAAUGGUUAAGAGAAGGGAAAUUGGUUUAUAAGGAAACAGUUACCAAGGGAUUUGAAAAUAUGCCCAAAGCUUUGAUCGGAAUUUUAAGUGGAGAUAAUAUUGGCAAAGCUGUUGUUAAAGUUUAAGCUAUUUUAAUUAAUUAAUAAAAAAAUAUAAAAUA